AUGUUCGCUGUGCUCUCAGUUCUUCUGGCGCUUGUCGCCUUCGCCUCUGCUCAGUUCGGUUUCGGCGCCAACCAAGGAGUUGGCCUCAACGCCGCCGGUCUCAACCCUCGUGCAAGUACGUCUACACAUUAUUAUACCUCUCAGUGAAUUUUGAAUGAGUCAUUCUGACUGGAACUGAUUUCUUGAGUAACUUCCAAUCAUUAAUAGUUUUUCUAUUGAAAAUCGAGAACAAACUGUAACUUUUAUAAGUCAGCGCACAAGAAGGUUGCUGGCCUAACGCGAAAGAUUUUUCUCAGUUCUUGAAUAGAAUAAAGUUUUAUCAAAAAAAUAUUUUAUCAUACAUCUCUGUUGUUUAAUCGAGUGAUUGAUUUGAUUGAUUAACUGAUUAAGCUUCUGACUACAGAUCUCUACGGCAACGGUAACCUUGGAUACGGAGGCCGAGGCUAUGGAGGCCAGGGCUAUGGAGGCCAGGGCUAUGGCGGACAAGGCCGAUUCGGAGGACAGUAUGGAGGCCAGGGUCCAUAUGGAAACCAAUACGGCGGCCAAGGAGGAUUCGGAGGCCAGCAGUACGGAGGCGGCCGACCAUACGGCGGAGGCUUCGGCGGCAACGGCAACGUCGGUCUUGGAGGUUUUCUUUUUCGUCUUUCUGACGGAAAUUCAUGUUUUUUGCAGUUCAACCAGGUGUCGGCGGAGUCGUUGGGAGCUUCUUGGGCUAA